GUAGCCUGUCCCCGUCUAAGCAUUGACUGGGGAGUUGAGUUUCAGAAGCCCCUUUUGACACCCUAUGAGGCAGCAGUUGCUCUGGGAAUGACUCAGGGAGACUGGAGUGAUGCGAACCCAUACCCCACUGACUACUAUGCCUACGACAGCUUAGGCCCCUGGACACCUAACCACGCGGGCAAUUUAAGCAACAGAUCUCUUGGUACAGGCAAAACAGCCUGCAAGAAGAAGGCCUCCAAUACAAAUAGUUGCUGUGGAAAGCAUCAAUUCCAGUUGCUUAUGCAAUUGAAUCUUGGAUGUUGGCGUGGUGGUCAAGGACAAUGCACUCCCGAUGUUCAAUGCUGA